ACAUUAUCGAAAAAUGAGCCAUCAGGUCCCACAUGUUGCAGCACGUACUGCCGCACUUGGAAAAGCUCAUCCGUAUGCUCGGAAAGCACGAGGAACACGGCAUCGUAUCCGCAUAGACCCUUGAGAUCCGACUCUAACUCCGAGUGGGAUGCAACCGGGAGGCAGGGGAACCAUUUUGGGGGAAAGUGGGUCACGGAGGUCCCAAGCCUCGAUGUGGUCGGUGGCAGCAUCAGCCAAGGCGACGUGGAAGGUGACCUUUUGGUUUUCGGCACAUUAGCAUUAAUCAUCGUACUCAACUUACGCCCAUAUCGAGUCAAUGAAUUGAAAAUCAAACCAUUGCAGGACUUCGCAGCCAUGUUGAGUGCUGCUGCUCCUCGUCUGCAUAAAACCAUGGCGAUUGGAUUUGAAUUUUUUCCUAUGGCUCCUCAUAAAACACUAUCUUAUCCGCAUAGACCCUUGAGAUCCGACUCUAACUCCGAGUGGGAUGCAACCGGGAGGCAGGGGAACCAUUUUGGGGGAAAGUGGGUCACGGAGGUCCCAAGCCUCGAUGUGGUCGUUUUGGGAGUGGGAUUUGGUGGGUGGGAUACUGGAACAAGAGGAUCCAUACGACAAUGUGCUGUCAUCAUUCUGCACGAGAAACGGGAAUCUAACGAGCGGGGUAGGGGUGAACCACUUUGGUCCACUAACCCUUACACUGCUCUGCACAUCAACAGGAUAGAAGCAGGGCGCAAAACUCUCAUCUCUGUAAUUGAAGAUGCCAGCAUCAUAAUUAUAAUCGUCAACAUGAUGGCAACCAUAGCGCCACAUCGGGGGUUCUGUGUAGUAAAUAGAAUCGGGCUUCAGCUCAGGGAAGUCGGCAGCUGGGAGCCCAAACCCAUUAUUAGAGCCAAUGAAAAGGGCCAGCCCAUCCAGAGAGCGGUCCAUGUAAACCAGGGAGCCACUCUCCGGGUCGUACCUGUGAACAUCGAAACCAAGUGUGGUGUACGGAGGAUCCGUGUAGAUCCCUAUCUUUGGCCCAUAAUACUCAUCCUUGGUGUAGUAGCCAUCGGGCCCAACCCAGUCCUUGGUAAACCGUCUCACAUGAAAAAGCUGGCCCGUUGGCUCGGCAACAGCAAGCAAUGGGGUAGUUGGUGUUAUCAAAAGACAAAGGAGGCAUGGGAAUCAUCCUUGGAGAAUGAGGAUCUGACACUCAAAAGGCUAGACGAAAUCCUGAACAAUGUUGAAGCACGUUUCAUCGUUUUCCGACAGAUCAAAGCAGAAGAUUGGGCGGUGGUCGUCGUAGAAGAGAAAGCUGUCAACGCUAUCAGACAAUCGUCUUCUAGGUUUUCGGCCGACUAA